AUGUCGUCCGAAAAAGCGGAGCCGGUGCACGAUGAAGAUAUUGGCAGCAGUGAUGGAGUGGUCCCUAUUGAGCCUGGCAAGAAGGGGGCCGGUCUGACGCCUAAGACUAUCAUGGCCAUCGUUUCCCUCUGCUUCCUCUACAACUCCUACCUCUUCACGCAACUGAUGCCAGCCGUCAUCCUCUCAAGCAUCAACGCCGAUCUAGGCCCCGACUCCAACUACCCAUGGAUCACCAUCUGCUGGAACGUCGGCGCCGCAGUAAUCGUCACAAUCGGCGGGCGCCUCUCCGACAUCUUCGGCCGCCGCUGGUUCCUCAUCUCGGGCGCCCUCUUCGGCGCAAUCGGGGCCGUGGUCGGCGCCACGGGCCGCAGCAUACCGCAGAUGAUAGCGGCCGGCGUCCUAAUGGGGAUCGGCGGCGGGUUCGGCGAGAUGAUCUUCGCCAGCGUGCAGGAGAUUGUGCCAAACCAGCAGCGUCUGUUCGUGCUGGGCUGCGUCGAGAUCUCGAAUAUCCCUGCCAUGCUCAGUCCCAUGAUUGGAUAUGCGUUCAUCAGCCACGCGAAACUCCGCUGGCGGGUGUGCUACUGGUGGAUGUUUGCGUUUGAGGCCGUCACGGCUGUUUUUCUUUUCGUUUUCUAUAGGCCGCCUUCGUUCACGACGAAGCAUCGCGGUGAUGGGAAGACGAGGCGCCAGCUGCUCGCGUCGCUGGACUAUGUUGGCUUGUUCCUGUUCCUGGCUGGGUGCGUCUUGCUCCUUUUGGGUCUGAACUGGGGAGGGCGCAAUUUUCCGUGGAAGAGCGUCGGGGUUAUAUUGCCCAUCGUGCUUUCCGGUGUUAUCUUUGUGCUGUUGGGGGUUUGGGAGGUCUAUGCCAACCUCGAAUACCCGAUCUUGCCUCCGAGGUUGUUCAGGAAGUGGCGCGACUUCACUUCAAUCAUUGCCGUGACGUUCGUCGGCGGCAUGCUAUACUACAGUAUGAACGUCCUCUGGCCCCGUCAAUCAGCGCUGCUCUGGGUCCCAGCAGGCGACUCCACUCUCCAAGGCGUAUACGCAAACAUGGUCUCCUUCGGCACCAUCCUCGCCGGAACGAUGAUCAUCACAAUCGUCCCCAAAGUAGGGCACGAGCGAUGGCAGAUGAUCGGAUUCCUGAUCGUCCAAACAGCCAUGAUCGGUUCAUUGGGAUCAGUCGGCGCCGACGACAAAGCCCAAGCCAUUGCAACCAUCAUCAUCGUCGCAGCGACCGUCACGCCGCCCCAGUUCCUCGCGUUCGGCAUGAUCUCCCUGGCGCUGGACUCGCAGGCGGACAUCGGAAUCAGCCAAGGCCUGCUGUGCACAUUCCGGCUCAUCGGCGGUGCGGUGGCCACGGCCAUCUACACGGCCAUCCAAUCCAACCGCUACAGCUCAAUCAUCGAGGGGAUGGUCCGCUCCGCUGCAGAGGAUUCAGGCUACGCCGGCUCCAUUGCGGACUUACUCGCCGCUGCUACGAUAAACACGCAAGCGGCGUAUGAAGGCGUGCCUAGCACCACGGAUCAGGUUAUAGAUGCAGUACAGCAGGCCGUCAAGGUUGCCAGUGCGGAAUCAUAUCAGCUUGUCUAUGAGGUUGCGGUGGCCUUUGGGGGGCUGGCGAUUCUUGUCGCGCUGACGACGAGAGAUAUCGACAAGGAGAAGAAGACGAAUGAAACGGCGGUGCAGUUGGAGAAUGAGGGUGUGCGUAGUGACGAGCCUGUUUAG